AUGACUACUGGCACUAACCCCAGAGAAUUUGUGAGACUCCUGACAAUUCUCUACAAAGUGAACGGUCUCCCUACCUUCAUUGUUCCUGAAGAAGUCUACAACACUCCGGGUUCAACUCCAGCAACUGACUCUGUGGAGGAUGUCGACUCUACAUCCGACGACGAUUCCGCCACUACAAUGCAGACUUCAGAUCCUGUUGUAGUACCUUCAGCUCGCAAGAGUCUGCCUCCUGAGACCCCCACUUCUACUACAAUUCCAGUUACUAACCGUGACAUCACUGUGAACGCGGCCACGCUUUUAGACUUACUGUCAGCUCCUGCUCCACAUGUUUCUCCGGCUGUUGCUAGCCCUUCACCCGUCCCUAUCGUGAAUUCAGCUUCAGUGGACCCUGGGUGUGACCCUGUAGAGGGUCUAUACUAUGAAGUCCCCUCUGCUGCAGUACCUACUGCUGCUACUCAACCUUCAAGAACUCUACCUUUGAGAACACUAUCUUCGCAAUCUACCACCUCUGCUCUUCACUCAUCUGAUGAAUCGCAUGAGGACGUGUCUGUUGGAACACCAUCUCCUCCUUCACGGGUAUAUCACUACUCACCUGCCGAUUUCCUUUAA